AUGUUGACGAAUUUCUAUAUUUGGAUGGAAAUGGAGAACGAUGAGGUUGGUUUUUGGUUGUGAAAAAUUUUCAGCCCAUUUUUUUUGCAGAACGAAAACUCUCAAAAAAUCGCGCCAACUCUCCAAAUCGCCUUCUCGUUCACCGAAGAAAGCGAGGAAUUCAGUUUCUAUAUUCGACAAAUUUUAAAUUUUCACACGUUGCCGAGUUUGAUUCGCAAAAAAUCGCGGGCGAUUUUUUAUUUUGCGCGGGGAAUUUCGAGGAAAUAUUCGGUUAUGGGAUGGAAUCGAAGGAUUUCGAUGAGGGUGGGUUUUUUUUGGGGAGAAUCAAAAUAUUUUAGAAAUUCUGUAUUUUAUUUAAAAAUUUUCCAAACGUGACCCAAUUUUUCUUGCCACGUUUAUUAAUUUCAUUUUUUUUCAUUUUAAAAUUUCAAAAAAUUCAGGAAAAGUGAGUUUUUAUCGAACAUUUUGAUCAUUCGAAUUCAUCAAAACAAAAAAUCAGAUUAUGAAAAUUUUUACUAUUUUCAUUUUAAACAAGUAGAAACUACCUAAAAAUGUAAAAAAAAAUAUAUGAAUUCCUCGAGAAGUAUACACAAAUAAAUAAUGUGUGCGAUAGAGCAGGUUUGCUUGUCCAUGUUAAUCAACCAUAUUGAUCUGUGAAUUAUUAAAAUUCAUAAAAACAAACAUCAGAUUUAUCUUUCCUGAAAAUCUUGAGAUUUUUGAAACAUGUUUCAUUGAAAUUUGGCCUGGGUUUUCAACAAAAAAAAAAUUUUUCAGGAAAUCGAAUCUCGAAACCCUGCAAUCUUCAAAACUCUCAGUGUCCCCCUCGAAAAAUCAACACUUUUCAACGAAUAUUUCACAUGUCAAGCCUCCCGAAAAGACUUCAAAACAACGAUGCUCCGCGUGCAAAUUUGCGAGGUAGAUCAAAACGAGAAGGAUACGGUGGUUCUAGAGAUGGAUUAUUGGCUGGAUGAUGAUCUACAACUCGAUUUUCGUCAAUUCGAACUGCCUUUUCAACCAUAUCUACCAGAUUUAGGCGAAGUUGAGCUUAAUAUGGUGUAUCUUCCGACAAUUGGAAGAAUUGUGAUACAUUAUUCAGGAGUUACAAAUCUCAGAAUCCUAGAAGAAGAAGCUGGAAGCUCGAAUGCUCAAAAACCAAAUCUCUACAUCCGAGGCGCUUUAUUCAUUCGCGAUGAGGUUUUCGAAGUUCAUAAGACUGAAAUCCAGCACGAUUUGAAGGCGACUAGUGAUGAUGGAUGUUAUUUCACGAAGAAAUUGAUAUUUGAUGUUGGGAGGGAGAGUUUUCGAUUCGAUUCGGAAUUGUUGAUUCAUGUUGUGCAGAUUGUGGAGGAUGGCAGGUUGGUGGGAUUUUUGGGGAAAAAUUUCAAAUUGCCUCCAAAGAUUGGGGUGUGCAAACACUGUGACGCAAUUUUGCGUACAGUAGGAUCUUCAUUUUCUCAUUUACAGUACCUCCGAAGCUCUAGAACUCCUUAAAACUUCCAGAAAACACGUCAUCGGUGGAAUCGCUUUAUCCGCCGAGCGAAGUGAUCACUGGCGACAAAUGCUGGUCUCGCCACGAAAAUCAAUUUCUCACGUUCAUCGACUCAUCCCAACUGCUGGUUAA